ACUCCUGGAGGACGUCUGAAACACCUGUCUCUCAAUAUAUAUACACCUGACACGAUAUCGCCAGCUUAUCCCACAGUAAUCUCGACACAGGUGUGUAGCUGCUGAUGUAAACGUGCUUAUGGAGAGGGUGGCGCUGCUGGCGCUGCUGGCGCUUGUCGUCUGUGCGGCUUCUGUUGGGGUGACGUCACUACAAUCGUGCGGAAAGACGUGUUCGUGCCAAGACGUGGACGAUGAUGACGAGCCCCAGGUCCUGACCAAGCUGGAGGGUCUGGCCGCUGCUGUGGGGGUCUUGACCCCGCUCGUUGUGGGGGUCGCGGGCCUCGGCCUGUAUCAUCUACUCAAGCCGGCCAGCGCGGGACUUGAACCCCGUGUGUCAGCCUCACCGAGACCAACCUUCACAAACAAACCCUCUCCGCCGUCGUCGUGGCGCGGCUCGAGCCCUGUUUCUGUGUUCAGCGAAGACGACGAGGCGACCUUUUACCCGUCUGACAAUGAUGCAUGGAAGUCGCCCCGCCCCGAUACCUCAUCGACAUAUACCAACAUCCACCGCCCCUCCAAGGCCGACUCCAUUAACCGCUGGAUGUGAUGGAGGGCGUGUCUGUCUCUUAGUGACGUCAUCCGGGUACAAGCGUGCACCCACAGGGAGCUCGGCAUGGACUGUAAUAUUAUAAGAACAGCUUAUUAUGGGGUGGCGGUCACUUGGGACACGACACGUGAGUCUCACGGCUAACACACCUACACACUGACAACAACGCAGGCACGCACGCGUACUCACAAACGCACACACUGUCAGUAGAGCGCAUUGCCUAUCGCCGGACACGUAACUUGGAUGCUGUGUGUUCGAUCCUGGCUGCAGGCAACUUCCACAAUAAAGAGAUGAAGUCUGACAGA